AUGCAUCAACAACAACAAUCUCAUCAGUUCCUCCUACAGCCUGCAACACCGUAUCGCUGGAAUGAUAUUCAACUUGCUCUAGUAUCAACUACCACUCCAAACUUUCCGAUUCUCUCCAAUUUCUUUAUAACCGAUGGCAACAAGACAACGAUUAUCGACCCCACACCAGCAGGACAACUACUCCCGUACACAGCCGGACAAUUACAAUGCAACACACGAGAAGAAGCGGAAAACUUCAACAACUGCAUAUACGCACAAUCGACAUGCAAAUGCACGACGACUGUAUACGACGCCGCUUGUCAAUGCCCACAAGGCACCAUUCACGCUCUGUUAAGCGACAAUUCACCGACACUCCCACUCGCCCGAGAAAACGUCAUCUUACUCACUGACAAUAACAAGGUUUUCGCCAAAACGUCAUCCGGAACAGGCAUAUCAAUUCAGCUCAAUGUCGAUCAUAUGCAGAUCUAUACAAGACGAUCAGCCAACGAAUGCCACAUCAACGCUAGCACAAUACGAGGUUGCUACUCAUGUCACAAAGGAGCAACAGUCGACAUCUUGUGCAAAUCGUCAUUCAAUGAAGACACAGCAGAAAUCACAUGCGGAAAUCAAACACAGCUGAUCAUUUGCAACCCGAACGGAUACAUCACAAAAGCCGUAUUCCACUUCGAUCAUGCGAGAAUUGAUGCAAACUGUACA